AUGAUGGCGGCCGGAGCGGCCCUAGCCUUGGCACUGUGGCUACUACUGCCGCCGGUGGGGGUGGGAGGGGCAGGGCCACCGCCGAUCCAGGACGGCGAGUUCACGUUCCUGCUGCCUGCGGGGAGGAAACAGUGUUUCUACCAGUCAGCGCCUGCCAACGCAAGCCUCGAGACCGAGUACCAGGUGAUCGGAGGUGCUGGACUGGACGUGGAUUUCACGCUGGAGAGCCCUCAGGGCGUGCUGCUGGUCAGCGAGUCCCGCAAGGCAGAUGGGGUGCACACAGUGGAGCCCACGGAGGCCGGGGACUACAAGCUGUGCUUUGACAACUCCUUCAGCACAAUCUCAGAGAAGCUGGUGUUCUUUGAACUCAUUUUUGACAGCCUGCAGGACGAUGAGGAGGUUGAAGGCUGGGCAGAGGCCGUGGAGCCCGAGGAGAUGCUGGAUGUCAAGAUGGGAGACAUCAAGGAAUCCAUCGAGACCAUGAAGACCCGGUUGGAGCGUAGCAUCCAGAUGCUGACGCUACUGCGGGCCUUUGAGGCACGUGACCGCAACCUGCAGGAAGGCAACCUGGAGCGGGUCAACUUCUGGUCUGCUGUGAACGUGGCCGUGCUGCUGCUGGUGGCCGUGCUACAGGUCUGCACGCUCAAGCGCUUGUUCCAGGACAAGCGCCCUGUGCCUACGUAGCCCCGGAAGGAAGAACGGGGAAAAGGGCAGCAGGGUACACGUGUGUGAGACGUGGGGGUCCCUUCCCCAACUGAGUUUCCUUCGGGAGGGGAGGCUAUACAGUCAGGGCCGGAGGUGUGGCCCUCAAGUGUCCUCUCCCUUGGAGGGGCCAGGCAAGAAACACUUGUUGGCUUGGCUGACGGACCUGGGCCCUCCGGGAGGGGCAGCUCAGUGGCUGUACCUGCUCUCCUGGAAAUGGUGCACGGACGGGGGCACCGCAGCAUUUGAAUGCAACCCUUGGGUAUUGUGGCUCGUCUCCGCGUCCCCUGCUGUAAAUGUGUGUGCCUUAGCCUGAGUCUUCCAGCACUGCACUGGCACUAGGUGUGGGAUGGGGCCCGGGAAGCAAACUCUCCCUUCCCUUCCCUACUGGCCUUCUGAACCAGGUUGUGGUGGGAGGGGGCUUGCUGUUUGUGGGGCCCGUGCCUUCUUUGGUCUCCCCGUCACCC